CUUUAUACUUUGAACAUUUUAUUGUAUUCCUAAAUAUACAUUUAUAUCAACUCCUGACCAAGUUAUUGCAGUAAAUGCUUACUGUUCUUCUUCGUCUGCAUGCUCCGCAUUUUUCUUCCUUGGCAGGCGAGCUCCGGCUCUUCCAUUUAACGGCUCACUACAACUUUAAACUGAACAAGUUCACUGUUCCUUCUUUUCUCAAGAAUUGCUCUUCCCGCCUUGACAUUUCCCAUGGGAAGAGAAUCCACGCCAUUAUUUUCCAACUUGGUCUCCACUCAGAUCUCUACAUUGCCAGCUCCCUCAUCGUCCUCUAUUCUAAAUGCGGCCAUCUGUCAGAUGCCAACCUCGUGUUCGACCAAAUGCCUCAAAGAGAUGCCACCGUGUGGAACUCCAUGGUCGGUGGCUAUUUCCAUCAGCAACAUUAUCACGAAGGCCUCGCAUAUCUCCGCCAAAUGCAGCUUGCGGGUUUGAGGCCUGAUUGUCACUCUCUCACCAUUCUUCUCAAGGCUUGCAGCGAUGGCGGAUUGGGCCUCGAGCAAGGUGAACAAGUUCAUGGUUUUCUUGUUAGAAAUGCAUUGGACCAUGACACCUUUGCUCUCACUGCAUUGAUGCAUGCGUAUUCGAGAACUGGGAAGGUAAGUAGAGCUUGCAAAGUGUUUGAUGGGGUAUUUGAUAAGAGCAUUUCAAUGUGGAAUGCUCUCAUCUCAGGGUUAUGUUAUAAUGGUCUAUGGGACAGAAGUUUGGAACUUUUUGUGCUGAUGGUGUUUGAGGGUUUCGAGGUCCAGUCUGAGACCGCUUCUUGUGUUCUUGUGGCGUGCACAAUGUUGGAUGCAAGUGGAUUCGGUCAAGGGGUUCAUUGUUGUGCCAUAAAGAUGGGAUUUGAUUUGGAUUCUUACGUUUGCAGUUCUUUGAUUUCUUUGUAUGCUAAUGUUGGAUCGAUGGUUGAGGCCUUCAGACUCUUUGAUUCUGUGCCCAGCAAAGAAGUUCAACUAUGGAACUCGAUGAUUUCUGCUUUUUUCAGUAAUUCUUGUGCUUCAGAAGCUUUGGAUGCCUAUAAUCAAAUGAGAGCUAGCAACGUCAAGCCUGAUUCAAUUACGAUAACAAAUGUUAUUUCUGCUUGCAGCAUGGUUGGUCAUUGGAAGUUUGGAAGAAAAAUUCAUGGGCUAUUGAUAAAAAUGCCAGAAUUAAGUACCAUUGCGGUGCAAAGUUCCUUAAUAAGCAUGUACAUGAGAAUUGGAGAUGUCCAUGAUGGUAUCAUCCUUUUCAAUUCAGUGAAGGAAUGGGAUGUUGUUUUGUUAAGUUCUAUGAUCACUGGCUUUUGCCAAAAUAAACAUUAUAAUCAUGCUUUACAAAUGUUUAAUCAGUUCUGUGCCGAAGGAUUUAUUCCAGAUUCUGUAAUUAUUGCAAGCAUUUUAUCUGCCUGCACCACCAUGGACUGGCUACAACUUGGUUAUGAGAUACAUUCGUUGGCUAUAAAGAAUGGUACCAUAUGUGAUCCAUUUGUGGCUAGUGCUUUGAUUUGUAUGUAUUCUAAGUGUGGUUUGCCAUUAUCAGCAGCGAGCGUCUUCUGUGCCAUUGCCAAAAAGAAUCUCGUGGUCUGGAAUUCUCUAAUAUCAGGGUACAGCCACAACGGCCUAUUGGAUGAAUCAAUCAACGCAUUUGCUGGAAUUGCUCAAAAUGGCUUGCUUCCUGAUUCUGUUUCUAUUACCAGUGUUCUUGUUUCAGUUUCCAUUUUUGCAGCAUUAGGUAAAGGGAAAAUGAUACAUGGAUAUCUAGUGAGAAAUGGAAUUUUCUGUGAUGAAAUUGUUGGGAACUCAUUCAUUGACAUGUAUAUGAAAUGUGGUUGCCUGAGAUAUGCACAACUGAUUUUUGACAGAUUGACCGUUAGGAACCUCGUUACUUGGAAUACAAUGAUAGCUGGAUAUGGUUCUCAUGGGCAUUGCUUGAAGGCAAUAAAUUUGUUUGAUGAGAUGCAGCAAUUGAAGAUAAUACCAGAUGGAACCUCAUUUCUAUCUUUAAUCUCAUCUUGUAGCCAUUCUGGUUUAGUAGAGGAAGGGCGCAAAUUGUUCGAUUCUAUGAUAAAUUGUUACAGAAUAAAGCCUGCAAUGGAGCAUUAUGCAAACAUGGUGGACCUACUCGGUCGUGCGGGUUGCCUGGAUGAAGCUUAUUGCUUCGUUAAAGAUAUGCCGGUGGAGCCUGAUCAGAGGAUAUGGCUAUGCUUUUUAAGUGCUUGUAGAUCUCACAGGGUCUUGCAUCUUGGAGAAAUAGCCAGUGGUCGCCUAAUUAAAGCAAAGCCUCAAGAAAGUGGAAGCUACACUCAAGUUUUGAAUUUUUAUGGGGAGAUGGGCUUGCGGGAGAAGGCUGCAAGCCUUAGAGUUCAGAUGAAAGAAGCAGGAAUGCCCAAGAAUCCAGGUUGCAGUUGGAUUGAGGUUGUGGAUAAAGUUCAAGUUUUUAAUUCCGGGGAUUCAUCCUCUGCAUUGACCACAGAAAUCCAUGCUUCCCUAAGAAGCCUCAAAAGAAAUAUGAAACUUGUUGAAGGGUUCGAAUCAUUGUGAUUAGUUUGUUCUCCUGGAAUAAUUAAGGAUUUGGU